AGUAUACCUGCCUGCAUAGAUGAUAGGCACAAAUAGAUGCGCAGCAUGCAGGGUUGCUUGUAUUAGGGCGGAGGAAAGGGAUUGUUCCGCCAGAAGGUUUUCAGGGCAAUGCCAGGCGCCUUGGCUAUCCCCUGAACCACUUCAGAGACGGGAAUGGAAGCUUCUGCAUUGCGGUAACCCUGAAGCAGGUUGAGAUGAACUUGUCGUGUGCCUCCAUGGAUCCCUCCUGGCUGCAAGCAAUCCCGGCCAACGUGCGGCGCAGCCAGAGCGGCCGGCCAGCCAGUUCGCGGCGCCUCUCUUCGUGCAAGUCUUUGAGUCUCAAGUCAUUUGAUCUUGAGAACCGUGGGUUUGCUGGCGUCGGCCUUUCUGCAGUGGGAACGGCAUUGGAAACACCACCCCUGAGCGGGCCAAAGCUCGCGCAUCUCUUGGCGGGAUUGACGGAUGGGAGUGUCUGGGGGGGCCCCUGUCCAGAUCGCUUGAUACCAAGCGCUGCGGCAUCCACUGCAUUGCGUAGAUUGUCCGCAGGUCGGGAUCAAAGUCGAAGGGCGUCUGAUACUGGUCUUAGAAAGCACCAUUCCCAAUUGCGGGCCGUACCCUCAAAGGCUGACCUUGCGGGGGAGGCGUCACUGCAGGGGGGCGUGCUUGGGGCUACUUUGGACCCCCCCCGGAAGGAAGAUGUUGCAACGGGAAAGGCGGUUCUUGCAGCGAUUGCCGGGGACCUUGCCGUGCCCAAUGCUGCGCGUCCCCCGGACCAGCUUGAGGAGCUGACAUCAGCCGCUGUGCUGACAUCAGCUGCACUGACAUCAGCAGUUCGUCCAGUGAUUGCUAAGCGGCGUUCUGCAGUUUCAGACCCGCAGACGAGCGGCGAGGAGCGUCAACGGGGGGUGGCUGGACAGAGAACUAACUCAGAGAAAGCCACGGUGGGAUGGGGGGUGACCAAGACAAAAGCAAGCGUAAACGGCCAGACUGUAAAGGGAGCAUUAGCGGGGGUUUUAGAUAAAGUUGUGUCAUCAGAUGAGAUUGGGCCUUGGUCUACUUCAGAGUCUCGGAGGCCAGAUGUCAGUCGGGGGCUGCUUUCAGAUUCCAGCAGACGAGGGGGAGAUGACCUUUCUGCUAUCGAACGAGGGGAAACUUCAUACGACGCUGCCAGCGCUGACAUCGACGACAUUAGCGACGACGUCAGCGGCGAUGACGCCAGCAGCAGCAGCAGCGAGAGCGACCUGGCGGACCGGAGCGCUGAGCUGGCAAGUUUCAGCGGGCGGGGGAUGCCGAUCCUGGACCCGAGUACCGGGUGCGCUGACCUGCCGUUCCGGGACUUCAUGCCGCUUGGGCGGUUGCGAGGGGGUAGCCGAGGUAGCGCGUCAAUCGGGGCUCUGCAAAAGCCUAGCGGCCCCCCUGGGGUGUGGCUGGUGCCUUCGUCGAACACAGGGUGCGCUCCCACUAUGGCCUUCAACCUGGACGGCGGCGACCAGCUGCUCUGGAGUGUCAGGCCGGCCCCUCUUGUCAAGAUUGUCCCGGCUGGAAACAACUCGGUCAAGGCCGCCUUCAAAGACGCUGGCUUCCGACGUGUCACAGCGGAGGCGAACAAGUGGGACAUGCUCUGGAGCGGCAAGGCGCUCAAGGUCGACGACUUUAAGGGCCUCAACAAGAAUCAAAAGGUUAACCACUUCCCUGGUACUUGGGAGCUGGGUCGCAAGGACCACUUGUACAAGCACCUAGUAGCUGCCGCGCGCCGCCACCCACAACAGUACGACUUCCUCCCCUCCGUGUUUCUGCUCCCGGAAGACCACGCCGAGUGGGUGGAAGACAGCAAGCGAGAUCCGCAGCAACUCUACAUCCUAAAGCCGCGUAGCUCGAGCCGGGGGCGCGGGGUGCGGUUGCUGCGGAAGCCAGCGGAGCUGACGAAACUGCGGCCGAGCCUGGUGCAGAAAUACGUCAGCAACCCGCACCUCAUCAACGGCUACAAGUACGACUUGCGGCUGUACGUGGUAGUCACGAGUUGGGACCCCCUGCGUGUUUACGUGUACAAAGAGGGCCUGGUACGAUUCGCCUCGGAAAAGUACGGUUUGGAUCGAGCCAACCUGCGGAAACGAUGCGCGCACAUCACAAACACAAGUAUUAACAACAAGGGGGUGAGCUCAGAGGACGGGGCGACCGUAGCUGCCAAAUGGAGCCUGAGCGCUUUGGAGGCCUACUUCGAGUCGGAAGGCCUCUCCUUCAGCGACAUCUGGGAGGAGAUCAGGGGCGUCGUAUUGAAGACGCUGAUUGCUGUGGAGGGGAGAGUGGCGAGCCUGUGCCAAGCGCAUUUACCGCACCGUAACAACGGCUUUGAGCUUUAUGGCUUCGACGUGCUGUUGGACGCGGAUCUCAAACCCUGGCUCCUUGAGGUUAACACCGGCCCUGCGCUGCACUGCCCGACCGCCCUCGACAAGGAGAUCAAGUUCAAGCUCAUAAGGGACACACUACACUUGGUGGGCUUCUCCCCGUAUGACCGGGACGCCCUCGCGAAAGAGGAGGAAGAAAGCCGGCGCAUGCGGUUGUUGGGCCUGGAGGGGCGCCGCGGCAAGGGGGCGCGAGAGGAGGACGCGCGCGUUUUGCGGCGCGAUCUGCAGUCGCUUGAUGACGCCAGCUUUGUGGCGGCCACCAGCGGGCGGCCGCCACUGCUGAUCCAGGAAGGGGAGAGCGAGAAUGCAAGGAGGAGCGACUUCGAGCGGCUGUAUCCAGGUCCAGACGCGGAGAGGUGGGGCCCCCUUUUCGAGUCCCAACGGUUCAACAACACGCUCUACGCCCGGUGGUUACGAUUGCAAAACGAGCAAAGCCCUCCACAAGCCAAUCGCUUGCGAAGGUCAAUGAGUGGGCUCUCACAGACCACAGAAAGUGAAAAUGGCGGGAAGCCGUCAGCAAGGAGUGUUGGGACUCCUCCGCUCGCGUCAAAGAGGAGUGCAAGAUCGCGCAGCACUGCGUAUUGAGGUGAUUAAAAGCACGAGGUUGUGGAGGAGCUCAUGUUGAUGAUCAAAGGUCCUUGUGACUCGAACAUUGAAUAUUGAUAAUUGAUGCAAAGUCCUUUCAAGUUCGAGAGAAAAUAUUAGAAUCUUGCUCAGCUAGGGGGCACAUUAUGCGGUUAUGUCCGACACUAUUGGAAUAUGGUUGUGAUUCAUACU